UCCCUUGUAACGAUCCGCUUGUGCCUGGCCCUGCGUCCUGAACUCCUGAGCCUUAGAGAUUGCACCCGGUGUUUCCACCAUGAGCGAGUCUAGUAUCGACCCCGAAGAGAUCAUAGCUUUGGUGAAGGAGCGACCCCCUCUGUACGAUACGAAUCUGAAGGAGUACUACUGUCAAGACAUCAUUAACCAGAUGUGGUCCGAAAUAGCGAUGGCUUUGAAUUGUCCCGUUAACAGAUGCAAAGCAAAAUGGCGCUGUCUAAGGACACUGUACGUCCGGUCCGUUCGAAACACAAACGGAGGCAAGAAACAUAAGAAAUGGUACCUAGCCGACGCUAUGACAUUUGUGCUGCCGUACAUUCUCGGCGGACCCCAACGAGAGGAAAGUUCCCUCCACCUCUCUAUCCCAGGAAUCUCCGAUGAUAGCAGAAUCGAUGAAACCGCCCCAGAUUUCAUGGAAAAUGAAGGUUCGAUCGAAUGGGUCGUGGAUGAAAAUGAUGAAACAAACCCGCUAGACACUGCUUCCAACAGUUUCCCAACAAAUUCAAAUGACGCCAAGAGAAGAAAGCUAUCACCCUCCACCUCGGAGGCCGUUAAUACGCAUUUCGAUGAGUAUCUCAGGAACGCAACUGCGCACAGUCGAAAUCAACAGCGUGAAACUGGGUAUAGUCGAAAUCAACAGCCUGAAACUGGGUACAGUCGAAAUCAACAGCCUGAAACGGAGGACCCAAUCAUUGCUUUCUUCAAGAGCCUCAUGCCUGAUAUAAUUAAGUUAGAUUCUAGGAGACAACGACAUUUUAAAGCUCAAGUUAUUGGAGUACUAAAUUCGAUGCUUGAUAGCCAAGAAGACGCAGAAAUGGCUAGUUGAGAGACCUAAGUCAGAGUUCCCAUUUUGCCAGAGGCGGAUCCAGCAAUUUGACAACAGCGAAUUCCC